AUGGGUUGUUGUAUGUCUGCCGAAAGCGUCGAGAAACGACAAAGAAACAAUGAGAUCGAAUCACAAAUCAAACGAGACCGAGUCAAUCAAAAGAACGAGAUCAAGAUGUUACUUCUUGGUGCUGGUGAAUCGGGCAAAUCGACCAUUUUAAAACAAAUGAAGCUGAUCCAUGAUGGUGGAUAUACGCCUGAGGAACGAGAAAGUUUCAAGGAAGUGAUUUACAGCAACACCCUUCAAUCGAUGAAAGUUACAUUGGAAGCCAUGACGAUGCUUGGGAUAUCGAUGCAUAAUCAAAGCAACCUUGUACACCGACAACUCGUAUUGGAUGCUCCUUCCCAAGUCGAGACAUUAGGCCACGAGCUUGUGGAGGCCGUAUGUGCCCUGUGGGAGGAUCCGGGGGUGCGUCAAUGCGUUGCACGUUCCAAUGAAUUUCAACUUAACGAUUCUGCUCGAUACUAUUUUGAUGCCAUCAUGCGAAUCGGUCAUGCCAACUACAUGCCAAGUGAUCAGGAUGUCUUACGCUCCCGUGUCAAAACAACGGGUAUCACCGAAACAACCUUCAAUGUGCACAACACCGUGUAUCGCAUGUUUGAUGUGGGUGGUCAACGCUCCGAACGCAAAAAAUGGAUCCAUUGCUUUGAAAACGUCACUGCUAUUGUGUUCCUCGUGGCCAUUUCUGAAUACGACCAGGUGCUCAUUGAAGAUAAUUCGGUGAAUCGAUUACAAGAAUCCUUGACAUUGUUUGAUUCCAUCUGCAACUCCAAAUGGUUUACAAAGACAUCCAUUAUCUUGUUCUUGAACAAGAUUGAUCUCUUUGCAGAAAAAUUGGGUCGUAGUCCACUGAGCAAAUACUUUCCAGAAUAUACAGGUGGGGCGAAAUACGAAGCUGCAUGCCAAUACUUACUGUAUCGGUUCGUGUCUCUCAAUGCCAAACACGAGACCAAGCAAGUGUACACCCACUUUACUUGUGCAACCGAUACAAAGCAGAUCCGCUUUGUCAUGUCAGCUGUCAACGAUAUUGUUCUCCACGACAACUUGCGUAACGUCGGCUUGCUGUAA